GUAACGCGCAUGCGAUAAUCGGUACGGAAUUUACACGCAUAGAAUUCCGUCGCCGCCUUCUUGUUUUUUGGGUGUUUAUAUGGUUGUAUGUCUGUGUGUUUUGUAGUGUUUUAGUGUUCAUUUGUUUAUUAAUUAAUUUUCACAUAGAAUGACGUGGGGAUUUGUUACCUGUGGUCCCAACGAGGCACUGGUAAUCUCAGGAUGUUGUUACAGCAAGCCACUCUUAGUGCCCGGAGGUCGAGCUUUUGUUUGGCCCUCCAUACAAAAAAUACAAAGGAUAUCGUUGAAUACGAUGACUCUUAUUGUAGACAGCCCCACUGUGUACACAAGUCAAGGUGUUCCCAUAUCAGUAACGGGAAUUGCACAGGUAAAAAUCCAAGGUCAAAACGAAGAAAUGCUCUUAGCCGCUUGCGAACAAUUUUUGGGUAAAAAACAAGAUGAAAUCCAGCUCAUAGCACUCCACACCCUGGAAGGCCACCAGCGUGCCAUUAUGGGUUCCAUGACGGUGGAAGAAAUCUACAAAGACCGCAAGAAGUUCAGCAAACAAGUCUUCGAGGUGGCGUCAUCCGAUCUCGUCAACAUGGGAAUCACAGUUGUCUCAUACACGCUUAAGGACAUUCGAGAUGAAGAGGACCCCGUUGAUGGCAGGGGUUACCUUAAAAGUUUGGGUAUGGCCCGAACGGCAGAAGUAAAACGAGACGCAAGAAUUGGUGAAGCUGAAGCUAGAGCAGAAGCAACAAUCAAAGAAGCCAUCGCCGAAGAACAAAGAAUGGCCUCCGUCUUCUUAAACGACACAGAAAUUGCUAAAGCAAAGAGGGACUUCGAAUUGAAGAAGGCUGCUUAUGAUGUGGAAGUACAGACGAAAAACGCCGAGGCUGAAAUGGCUUACGAGCUGCAAGCUGCCAAGACCAAGCAGAGGAUCAAGGAGGAACAGAUGCAGAUUCAAGUGGUAGAAAGGACACAGCAAAUUGCAGUACAAGAACAGGAAAUUGCCAGACGAGAAAGGGAACUAGAAUCCACGAUUCGCAGACCAGCAGAAGCAGAAAAAUUCAGAUUGGAAAAAAUUGCCGAAGCCAACCACAAGCGAGUACUUUUGGAAGCAGAAGCCGAAGCUGAAUCUACAAGAUUAAGAGGGGAAGCUGAAGCUUUCGCUAUUCAGGCUAAAGCCGCGGCAGAAGCCGAACAGAUGGCCAAGAAGGCCGAAGCUUGGAAAGAGUACAAGGAGGCAGCUAUGAUUGAUAUGUACCUGGACGUAUUACCAAAGGUCGCUGCUGAAGUUGCUGCUCCUUUGUCUCAGGCCAAGAAGAUUACCAUGGUAUCUACAGGAACAGGUGAAGUUGGUGCUGCUAAGCUUACAGGAGAAAUUCUUGAUAUUGUUAACAAAGUACCGAUGCUUGUUAAGAGUAUGACUGGUGUGGACAUUUCCAAGUCGGUCCAUGCCGCUUAAAUAUCACAGGAAGGACAAUAUUAUUUGAAUCAGCUUCUUCAAUCUUUGGAAGUUCUUGUUAAUCCAGCUAUCCAAUAUUAUAAUCCAUUAUACCUUUUAAAAUAUUAUACCGAUUUUACGGCUAUUCGAAUGUUAUAAUUAUGAAUGUUAUUUUAUUUUUAUGUUUUAUUAUUUGUGAAAAAUUGGCUUUUAUAGGAAACAGAACUUAAAUAUUUUAGCAGUUAGUUUGUGUUUAGUAAAUGUUAAUAAAAAUACUAGGUUUUCUGUUUAAUUGUAAGUCUAGGGAAAAUAUACAAGUGAUAAGUUUGUAAUUUCCUUUUGGAGGCAGCUCUUAUAUAUCUUGAUUGUUUAGGCAUUCUUAGUAUUCCAUUUACGAUGAUUAUAUAGGACUAUUCAUCGCCGCCAUUUUUCUCGUACACUUGACAUAUGACGUACGAUAUACGAGUAUACGUCAUACGUCAUUGGUAUAUACCAAAGACGGAUGACGUGUAUAGGGCUUUUCAUUCACAGUCAUUUAUUUCGAGCUUCUGUCAUGUGUCACAUAAUAUGAAUAUAUCUACGUCAUACGUUAUUUGCAUAUACCAAUGAUACAAACCAAAGACGUAUGACGUAGAUAUAUUAAUAUUAUGUGACACAUGACAGAAGCUCGAAACAAAUGACAAUCGAUGAAAAACCCUAUAUAUCGUACUUCAUAUGUCACGUGCACGAGAAAAAUGGCGGUGAUGAAUAGUAUUAUCAAUGUAUUGCUAGAAAUAUAAUAAUACAUAUUUAAUUGGGAAUUUUAUGACAGAAGCAUUUACGUAUGACGUAAGAUCCGCCAUAUUUGAAAGUGGCGCCGUUUGCACGGCUAUUGAAAUAUCAGUUUGUCCAUGCCGAAGUGACUGAGUUUCUAUUGUAUUUUCGUUUUUACGUUACUUUAAAUUAAUUCUCGCUAUAGAAAUUUGUGAGUCAGUUAUAAUCAUUGUAAAUGUCAAUCGUAGAAAUUACUUACGCUACAUGUCCUCCACAACUUAAACUCUUUCUCUUUUUUGUGAGGUUCCUGUAGACGUCUUCUUUUUAGAUGUUUUGUCGUUUGUAUCAAAUGUAUACAUUGACAAAUUUUUCAACAAUACGGUGGAGCUCUGAUUAGCUCUAUUUGGUAUAUCGCCAGUUUAAAUGAAGUGUCUCUAAAUUACAUUUAAGUACAGAGGGAUUUGUGUUCUGUUUGAUUAAUACGGUAAACAAACAUUUGCCUUCAUAACGUAGAACGUGACUUCAUAGUAUUUAUAACUCCAUACUACCUCUGUUUUUUCGUCUCGAGAACGAUAGAUCUGAAUUUAGAUGGGGAUUGCAUUAUAAUUCUAGAAUUCUAUUUUUGAUAAAACAGUUUUUGGUGCAAACCUAGUAUUUUGAAAAUUGUUGCUUGUUUAAAUUUUAAUUUUUGAGACGGUCUGUUUCCUGUAUUUAACCCUGCAACGUGCAAUGUUUGUAGUGUGAGGCACUUGAAACUUAAAAAAUUUAUUGAUGAUAUUGAAAGAGAUAUUGGAGUUGGGAAUACAUAAAAACAUAAAUACCUCUAUUUUUUGUAUCCUUAAUAUAUUUCUCUAAUAUGUACAUUAUUUUAAUAAAUGUGGUUAUCCAAGCUA